CAGGUCGCCAUUAUUUUUAAGUCGUUUGUCGUUGACACGUUCAAAAAUCAUCAUUCGUGCACAUUAUUCGCGGUAGUGCAAUAUACUCAGUGGUGUAGAGUCAAGGUAAGAAUUCACUCAAAAGGCAGCUCAGUUUGAGACUCAAUAUGACCGGAAUGUUGCCGAUUUUUAAGAUUAACCUAAGAAUUAGCCUCAGUAGCCUCUGCCUUAUGGUCUUAAGUCCCCUAUUUGUUAAUUCGUUUAUGCUCGAUCCUCAUAGCCGCGCAAAAAUAAAAUUAGAGUCUCAGCAAGUUGAGUUGGCCCAGCUGACCUACGCGAACCUCCUGAGCGUGGCGACUGUGGGGACCCCUCUGUUUUUGUCCCCUACCAUCAAAAGAGGAGACAUCGCUGAGGCUCGACGACUUGCCGCAGUCCUGCCAAUCCCACCUCUACUCCCGGGAAUCGAGAGUUUUUCCGGUUUCAUCACCGUCAACGAAAACCUCGGAUCCAACCUGUUUUUCUGGAUGUUCAAAUCCUUGGAGGGCGACUGGACGUCGAAGCCACUCAUCAUUUGGAUCCAGGGCGGACCUGGCUUGACGGCCAUGUUCGGAUUGGUCGAAGAAAUCGGACCUUUUACCGUCAAUCAAAAGGUUAAUGCCUUCAGAAGGAAGUACACGUGGUGCCGGAAGUACAAUCUACUGUUCAUUGACAGCCCUGUUGGAACUGGGUUCAGCUUCACGGCACAUGACGCCGGCUACCCAACUUCAGACCUGGGUGUAGCGAUAGACCUCUACGCCUUCCUCGUCCAGUUCUACGCUAUGUUCCCGGAGUUGAAGAGUAACCCGAUGUUCCUCAUAGGUGAGUCUUACGCCGGUAAGAUGAUCCCCGCUUUCGCACAUUACAUCCACCUGCGAAACAAGGAAAACGAGGGCAAAGGUUUCGUGGUACCCCUGACCGCAGUGGCAGUGGGGAACGGCUUCUCGGAUCCCAUCUCCAUGCUGGACUACUCGAACUACCUCUACCACCUUGGUUACCUCGAUCGAGCCGGGAGGGACCUGAUACGAACGUACGAGGACCAAAUUCGAGCCGCGAUCAGAGCCAAUAAGUGGGUCGAAGCCAGAAACAUCUUUUACGAUAUGAUGUUCGGGGCCAUUUACAACAUCACACAACUGAUCGCCCCUUACAACUACAUCCACGACGGCGCCGCGUCCAAUCCACCCACCUACGAGUUCUUCAUGAGACCGGACGUGAGAGCCGCGAUCCACGUCGGCAACUUAAAGUUCAACUUCAUGAGCGACAAAGUUUGGGACUCGAUGGCCGCGGCGUUCAUGCAGUCGGCCAAGCCUUGGAUCGAGGACAUCUUGAAUUGGGGGGAGUUCUCUUACGUGUCGUUCAGCGGGAUGUUGGACAUCAUCUGCGCCUACACCUUGAGCGAGAAUAUGUUCUACGACCUCAACUGGAAGCACGCGGCUGCUUACGCGACGGCGAAGAGGUGUCCGUAUUAUAUGAAUGGGUGGCUCGCUGGAUACGUGAAAACAGUUGGCGUCUUUACAGAAGUCUCGUUGCGGACCGUUGGGCAUAUGGUUGCCUACGAGGAGCCCGAGAUCGGGUUCACCUUCUUGGACACGCUCAUGACGAACAGGACGUUAGGGUUUAGGUGUGAUUGAGUAAGCCCGCCUGAAUAGUUUUCUUAUCGAUAGCUAGGGUGUAAUACAGUGGACUCUCGAUAAUUCGAGAACCUCGUUAAUUCGAAGGAAAGUCCGUUUCCCUUGAAAAUCUCCCGGUAAUUCGAAGAAAAUCAAUGUAUUUUUUUCCCCUCGUUAUUUCGAAAUUUUUAA